CGGUUGCGGUCGCGGUUGCGGUUGCGGUUGCGCAGCGAGUGAAACCAUCCAUCCAAUCCAACCGCCGUCGCCAUGGCCCGCGACGAUGACCCGCCGCCGGCGAAGCGUCCCCGCACAGACUGCACGGGCACCAGCUCCAACGAUGGUGAGCCACCGCCGGCUAAACGUCCCCGCACAGACUGCACGGGCACCAGCCCCAUCGACUCCCUCCCCGGGGACCUGCUGCGCGAGAUCUUCCUCCGCGUCGACCCUCUCCCGGAUCUCGUCCGCGCCGCCUCCGCCUGCCGGGGGUGGCGCGACGCGGUGGUCUCCUUUCCUCCCUUCCGCCGUCACUUCAUCAAACGACACCAGGCGCCCCUCCUCGGCUUCUUCUUCGACCCGCCGAGUCGAGAUGUCCCUUCCAUCCCCAGCUUCGCCCCCGCUCGCUGGAAUGACCCCAUGCUCGCCGCCGCCCUCUUGCGCGGCGACUUCCUCCUCACCAGCCUCCAGAGGCGCCCCCUCCUGGUGGAGCCUAGCUGGUUCGUCCUCGACGCCCGCGGCGGCUACCUUCUUCUCAUCAAAUGGGACGAGGGGUCCGAGGGAUUGCUGGCGCUGCUAAACCCGUUGGAGCAGCGCCAGCGCUUCUUUGAUGUGGAUGAUAUCCGCAUCUUCGACGACGGCGACCGCCUCAGCAGUCGUCAUUUCCUUCGCGGCGGCCUCAUCUUGGACGAGGAGAACCCCGACAGAUUUGGCAUCUUCUGUGUUGCAUCCCAAGGAGAGUUCAGGUUGCGGGCUGCCAUCUUCUCCUCAGCCAGGGCCGACGCAAUGCCAAUGGACGGCGGCUGGAUCCUUUCCUCAUGGUUGGAGGUCGAGCACCCGGUCGACCCGGCAAUCGAUGGCGGCACUUGGCUCUGGCCUGACAGCGGCAUGCGAGCGGGCAGGUUCAUCUACUGGCCUUACAUGGAUGGUCGGCACGUGCUUGUCUUGGAUCCCACCCACCCAGCCACUCCACGAUUGUUUGUUGAGAGGAUCACUUUCCCAGAUGGCCUGGAUCGUGCUGAAUUUGGAAGAUAUAUCAUCGGUGAAACUCGUAAUGGCAUGAUGAGCAUUGCUUAUACUGACGGAUUCACCGUCGUUCUCAUGGCGCCUUUAGAAGAUGGCUGGGCAGCUGGGACAUGGACCCCCGUCGACCGAUUCGAUCUCACUGAUGAGCUUGUUACUAUGUUGGGGCAACUUCCCGCCGAGGACGAGCUGGAACUUGUGGCAAUGAGGGGUACCAUCCUCUACUACACAACAUCACAGAUGUACCAUCCGUCUCAUAACUCUUGUUGGUUCGCAUCCCUCUGCUUGGAAACAGGGCAAGGGGAGUGGUUGUUUGCAAGGGCGUAUGAUGCUUUCGUCCAACCAUACAACCAUUUGUUGUGGCCAAGAUUUCUCAAGGCAACCCCAAAAGGAUGAUCCUUCAAAAGAAUUGCUCUUCUCCUAGUAAAUCAAAACGUUCAGCUACCAUCGAAAACUGAUCUCUUCUUUGGACCGAAGAACCUGACCAAGUUUCAGGAUUCAACGACCUCUCAAUACUGUAUUCUCAUCGUUCAUGUGGUACUACUUGACAUCUUAUAUUACCAAAACACUGUGAGUGGAAAAACUGUAAAGUUGAUCUGUUCCUUAGGUUCGCUACACUCUCUUUUUGGUGUUGGGGCAAGGCAUCAGGACCUUGGUUGGAGCCUCUUUUGUGUUCUGUCUGUAAGGAGAACCGCAUGUGAUGUAUUAAGGAGAAGAUAAAAAGGCCAAAACGAAGGCCGGCAGUACAUCUUAGACAAAUGGUCUCCUAGAUCUUGGAUUGUAAACUACUUACAACCAGCUCAUAGCAGUAAGCAUUAGAGAGGACAGUAUAAUUUGUAGAGUUCAGUUAGCAGGAAACGACACCACUGGCAAUAGCCCAUUGCCUAGCUUCCUCUUUGUUUUCUCCAAUGAGCUGCUGAAUGGUUUUGAGUUUGUUUUCAAAGACGUUGAAGUAGAAAUUAGUAGUAGUUUGUUUAGAUUUUGUGUUAAAAUACAGGAAUGUCGAAUAUUGCUGGACAUGAACAUUGCAGGUGUUGCAUAGGGUUUGGGUUCAGGAUGA